GAGGGGUGAGACUGUGGGGCCCUGCACCGUGGCCCGGGCCGACCGAAGGGUAGCUGAAACGUCAAUUCGAAUCGAGGGCUUCGUGAUCUCCAGAGCAGUCUGCUGGGUCAAGCCAGGGUCCCAGUCGCGUUUCCCCGGCCAUCCCCCGCGGGACGUACACACCGGCGGACUUUUGAGGCAAUGGCUAGGGAUGAAGUGCGGACGCUAGCCAAAUCGCACCAUGUGGAGAGCCUUGGUUACAGUUCCUCUCAGUCAUCUCAUCAAUGCCUUCCACACACCAAAAAACCUAUCUGUCUCUGUCAGUACGUCUGUUUCUCAGAACCACCAUCGAGAUACAGUUCCUGAGCAUGAAGCCCCCAGCAACGAGCCUGCACUUAAUUUAAGGGACCUUGGAUUAUCAGAAUUAAAAAUUGGACAGAUUGAUCAACUGGUAGAAAAUUUACUUCCUGGAUUUUAUAAAGGCAGACGAGUGUCUUCCCAUUGGCAUACAUCGCAUGUCUCUGCACAGUCCUUCUUUGAAAACAAAUAUGGUUACUUAGAUAUGUUCAGUACUUUACGUUCUUCUAGCUUGUACAGACAACAUCCAAGAACUCUUGAAAGCAUUUGUUCAGAUCUUCGGUAUUGGCCAGGUUUCAUACAGACUCGAGGUUUUAAGACUUUGAAGUCAAGAGCACGACGCCUGCAGUCUACCUCAGAAAGAUUAGCAGAAGCACAGAAUAUAGCACCAUCAUUUAUGAAGGGGCUUCUUUUGCGAGAGAGAGGAACAGAUCUUGAGAAUUUGGACAAACUUAUGAAAACUAAAAACAUACCCGAAGCUCACCAGGAUGCAUUUAAAACUGGUUUUGCUGAGGGUUUCCUCAAAGCUCAAGCCCUUACCCAAAAAACCAAUGAUUCUUUAAGGCGAACUCGUCUGAUCCUCUUUGUUCUGCUGCUGUUUGGCAUUUAUGGACUCUUAAAAAACCCAUUUUUAUCAGUACGCUUCAGGACAACCACAGGGCUUGAUUCUGCAGUAGAUCCUGUCCAGAUGAAAAAUGUCACCUUUGAGCAUGUUAAAGGAGUGGAGGAAGCCAAACAAGAAUUACAGGAAGUUGUUGAAUUCUUGAAAAAUCCACAAAAGUUUACUGUGCUUGGAGGUAAACUUCCCAAAGGGAUUCUUUUAGUUGGACCACCAGGAACAGGAAAGACGCUUCUUGCCCGAGCUGUAGCAGGAGAAGCUGAUGUUCCUUUUUACUAUGCUUCUGGAUCAGAAUUUGAUGAGAUGUUUGUGGGUGUAGGAGCUAGCCGUAUCAGAAACCUUUUUAGGGAAGCAAAAGCAAAUGCUCCUUGUGUUAUAUUUAUUGAUGAGUUAGAUUCUGUUGGUGGGAAAAGAAUCGAGUCUCCUAUGCAUCCAUAUUCAAGGCAGACUAUCAAUCAACUUCUUGCUGAAAUGGAUGGCUUUAAACCCAAUGAAGGAGUAAUCAUUAUAGGAGCCACAAACUUCCCAGAGGCAUUAGAUAAUGCUUUAAUCCGCCCUGGUCGUUUUGACAUGCAAGUUACAGUUCCAAGGCCAGAUGUGAAAGGGCGAACUGAAAUUUUGAAGUGGUAUCUGAAUAAAAUAAAAUUUGAUAAAUCUGUUGAUCCUGAAAUCAUAGCUCGAGGCACUGUUGGAUUUUCUGGAGCAGAGUUGGAGAAUCUUGUGAAUCAAGCUGCAUUAAAGGCAGCUGUUGAUGGGAAAGAAAUGGUUACCAUGAAGGAGCUAGAGUUUUCCAAAGAUAAAAUUCUAAUGGGACCAGAAAGAAGAAGUGUGGAAAUUGAUAACAAAAACAAGACCAUAACAGCUUAUCAUGAAUCUGGUCAUGCUAUUAUUGCAUAUUACACAAAGGAUGCAAUGCCUAUCAAUAAAGCUACAAUCAUGCCAAGAGGGCCAACACUUGGACAUGUGUCACUGUUGCCUGAGAAUGACAGGUGGAAUGAAACUAGAGCCCAGUUGCUUGCACAAAUGGAUGUUAGUAUGGGAGGAAGAGUGGCAGAGGAGCUUAUAUUUGGUACCGACCAUAUUACAACAGGUUCUUCAAGUGAUUUUGAUAAUGCGACAAAAAUUGCUAAGAGGAUGGUUACCAAAUUUGGAAUGAGUGAAAAGCUUGGAGUUAUGACCUACAGUGAUACAGGAAAACUAAGUCCUGAAACUCAAUCUGCCAUUGAACAAGAAAUAAGAAUCCUUCUACGGGAGUCAUAUGAACGAGCAAAACAUAUCUUGAAAACUCAUGCGAAAGAGCACAAGAAUCUAGCAGAAGCUUUGUUGACCUAUGAGACUUUGGAUGCCAAAGAGAUUCAAAUUGUUCUUGAGGGGAAGAAAUUGGAAGUGAGAUGAUGACUCUCCAUGUGGACGCAUUGCUGGUUUUACUAUAGGAAUAUAUGCAACAACACAGUCUCCUUUUGUAACCCUCAUUCUUGACUUGGUGUAAUUCAAGGGUGUGAAACACUUUGUCAGUCUUUUGUCACAUUAUCUAAUUUUGGUUAUUCUCAUGAUGACAGCUAUUGCAGUUUAGCAACCCAUAGCAAGUUUAUUAAUAAAGAGCUACAAGAAUUAAAACCAGAUUGUUUGAAAAAAAUGUCAAUCAGUUAUGUUGAAAGUAAGCAAUGAUUUUGUGAUUGAUUACUUGAAGUGAGUAAAAUUGUGCCUUUAUCUACUGGUAAGUGUUUUAAUUUGGAAGUUAAAAUUAUUGAAAAACUAUCACCUCUUGAUAGUAGCAUUUCUCUUUGGUAAAGAUAUCAUGCUUUUUUGGGUAAAUCAUUUCUACAUAUAUCAGUGGAAAUGCCAUGAAGAUGUCCUUAAUUUAAAUGUUCCUGAUUGACCAUAUGAGAUGGCCUUUUAAAGAACCUAAUUGAAUUGUAAGCAUAAAAAUACAGUCCAAAUAUAAAUUAGAACGUUUUAAUAACGCAGCAUGCAUGCUCAGGUUUUCUUUUAAAUAUUACUAUGUAGCUGAUAAAAUUUAUUUCAGAAGAACAGUAUUUUGUUAAUAAGCAACGAGCUUUAUUCUAAAACUGUGUAAUUACAUUUGAUUUCAGUUGUAAUUACACAAUUCCUUUCCAAGUGGUUUUUCUACUUCUGUGGGAUAGAAAUGAAAGGCUUGUGCUUUUAUUCAGGUUUUGUGAAUCUGAACAUGUUACAAGAUUUACAGCUGAAUUUUUAUUUAACUCAGUAGAACAUUUUAGAGCACAUUGUAUUGGUGUUUUAACCAAAUAACGUUCUUGAAAUAAUUAAAAUUACACUCGGUUUUCUUACUCAGA